AUGCCGCCGUCGGACUCCUUUGGGUCACCUUUGACCCAACUGUCUCAAAAGUCUUCAGACGCGUCUCCAACGCAGACCCCAAGGCCUCAGCCUUUCGUUUUACUUCCAACUUUAUCGCAAAUAAGUUCACCUAAGUCUGCGACGCCGAAGGCCACAGCACCGAGGCCGUCGGAAUCGAAAAAGAGGCUUCAUGCAUACGUGGAACUUCCCCCCUUGCCGAAGGCUUAUCUGACUCCAUCGUCUAAACGCCAUACGUCCACCCCUGGUUCGAGAAUGGACGUUGAUGACGAGGACGAUUUGGGAGGCUAUGGGCCUGUCGACGAUUCGCCGACGCGUCGCAAAGGCGAGGGUUCCAGGAGCGUCUCCGAUACUGUGAAAUCUUCAGCGAAGAGGACCGGCGAUAGAGACGAUCGAGUGCCAUUAGAGAAACUUAGCUCACUUUUUGAAGAUGUAUUCGAGGCAGAGGAUGCACUCCCGCCGGACGCCAGCGUCCAGGAUUUACCUUCUGAAUUCUUCGUUGCUCUCACAACCGAUGGUUCUCAUCCCUUAUUGCACCCGAACCUUAUCCGCAAGCUCAUCAAGUAUAUCGGCAAAGUGGCUCGUCCUACUAAGCGUCUACGACUUUCUGCCCGCGAAGCAGGUGGGGGGACACCCCGCGCUAAGGGUGGAGUAGCCGAGUUGGACAUGGCAUCUCUAUCACGCAUCCUCAAGAUGCUUGAACGGAAUGUUAAGGCCGGCGAAGACCUUGAACCCUUCGGUAAUUUUGUCUCUAACUCAGAACGAAAGUUAUUGUCACCGAGCAAGGGCAAGGGUGGAAAGAAGGCCUCCAAAGCCUCCCGGAAGGCGCCAGAUUCGCAAACCUCUGCUGGACAAAGUAGUGCAGCUGGUUCCAACGAUGCAUCCGAAGAUAUCAUAGAUGAUGCAAGUCAAGAAGCACAGGAGGUAACUGAGGCUGACUUGAGUCGCUUGACAAGCGUGUUAGAGACUGCCCGUGACAGCAUCCUUGCCGCUGACUGUUGCAUCGCCUUACUUGCCAGCGAUCGGUUGCCGAAGCAGUUGUAUUCCGAGGAGUUAAUCACAGAAUGUUUCAGCACUAUCAAGAACCAGCUUACCAAGAUUCUCUACCCGUUCGUGGAGGCGGCUUCGGAUUUGAAUGGCAAGAUGCAUCCUCUUUUGCGCCACAUGCUCGACACGUCGUCGGCUCUCGCCAGAGAGCAUAGACAAUUACUGAGCGAAACUUUUCAAGCGCUCUCUGCAGUACUACCUCGUGUCAACAACCUUAUCUGUGCCGAUGUUGUUUCUAUGUCGGAGAGCAUAAUUAUCCAGGCUGUCUAUAUUGCUAUCGGACCCUUCUUCGUGGCUGACACCGGAAGCGACGGUGAAAUAAAAGGCAAGGGAAAGAAGGAGAACAUAAUCUUUAGUACGCUCGGGAGUAGUGCCAUGAGGGGUCUUCGUCUGGACGCCCUCUCUCUUAUCCGCAGCAUCUUUGCCAAUCAUGAAGAUCAGCGCUCUUGGAUUGUCGAAGAGAUUCUGUCCUCAUUAAUCAAGCUUUCGGACGUCAAGCAAAAGGCUGGACAGUUCCGAUUGCGCGACGGGCGCUCUAUCCGUACUGUGUCUGCCCUCCUUUUGCAACUUGUACAGACGUCCGCGCAUGAUGUGCGGGUGGAGGCACGGAAGCUCGGCAAAGCCAGACAACAGGCUCUUGCGCUGCGUCGCCAGGAGAGUAUCAACGAGAAGCUGGAGGAGCCAUUACUCAAUGAUACGGACAACGAGGAAAUUCGAGUGUACAUGUCUGGCCUUGAGUCCGCAACUAAGGUGGCCAAGACUAUCGUUCUCUUUCUUACUCAAAGAUCCGGGAAGACUAAAACGACAAAGAAUUCAAAUGAAGCGGAAUACAGGACCAUUUUCGAUAACCUUAUAUCAGACUUACUUGUCGUCUUGUGGUGGCCUGAGUGGCCCGCUGCGGCCCUUCUAUUGAGUGUAAUAUGCAAAUUCAUGGUCUCUUGCUUGGACGACAUCAAGACGAGCCAAAACGAAAACAACGCGGCAAAGACAAUGGCCCUGGAUCAUUUGGGUGUCAUAGCGGCCCGGUUGAGGUCAAGCGCAUUGAAGUACCGUAGGGUCGAAGAUCGCAAAGCCAUGGGGUUGAGACCCCUCGACGAGGUGAUUAUCGGUGUUUCACCUCACAUCCAGCAGUUGAACAGACUUCUCGCUGCCCACCACGACGUUGUAGCUCAUCUGUGCAAGCGGGCUUCCGAAGACCAGGCAUAUGAUAGUGCGCGUGAACUCACAGCCGUCGCCUUUGGCCAAGAAUUAGCCCAUGCGCUAAAGCAGAUAAGCCUGUGGUUGCAGCCAGAUGAUGACGACUUCGAUCCCAAGGUUGAUCGCACGGAGAUAAUGCCAUUUGCUCGCAAGGUCAAGGACUCCCUACGAGACGUCUGGAAAGACCCUGCGACCGAUGUCUUCGAUGUCGCUUCACAGGAUGAGGUGGUUCGUGUCGACCGUUUAGCCGAAGAGAUGGGUACGAUUCAAGGACUCAAGAACUCUUUCCAACCGAUCUUGAACAAAAUCUUGUUAUCACUCGAUGCUCCCCCGGUCUUCAUGCGCUCCAAAGCCCUGCGAGCACUGGGACAAAUAGUCACCAGCGAUCCAACCAUUUUGUCAUCGGAUAAUGUUCGCCGUGCUAUUGAGAGCCACCUACUGGAUAGUUCUCCGGCGGUACGCGAUGCUGCGGUCGAACUGAUCGGCAAGUAUAUGGUCGAUUCACCGGAAGUUGCAGGCAACUAUUACCAGAAGAUAGCCGACCGAAUAGCGGAUACUGGUCUUGGUGUCAGAAAGCGAGUCAUCAAGCUUCUCAAAUCUUUCUACGCCGUUAUCGAAGAUCUUCCUCGGAAAGUUGAUAUAUGCACGAAACUGGUGUUGCGUAUGUUCGACGAGGAUGAUUCCGUAAAGGACCUGGCCGUGAAAACUGUUGAGGAACUUUGGUUCCAGUCUACUGCUUCUUCACUGAAUGCUCGACCUGCAUCCGUCAAUCCUCGUGACAAGACUGCUCUCUUGUCCAAGGUUUCGGUGAUCAUGGGAGUUGCCGCCAACUUUAAGGAUAGACAGUCCCCCUUGGAAGAUAUCUUGCAUAAAAUCAUGGCUGACAAGACUGGCUCUGAGGCCGCAGCACUCCACGAACGGUACACUGAAAUGUGCGAGACGCUGAUCGACGGGCUAGUGGAUGCUUCCGAUCUGCCGGAUUUCUCGGUCGUGAAUUGCGUGCGGACCAUCUAUCUGUUUACGUCGGCUUAUCCCGCCGUGUUGUCGGGCGCCCAUGCGUCAACGCUUUUGCCAUACCUCAAGAACGCCGCAACACCGGAAGAACAAGUAACCUCCGACUACCUGCUGAAGAUAUUCAGGGCAUCUAUCCCCCAUAUGCCGAAAACGGCGGCGCAGUUUGGAGCCGAUUUGCAACAAGCGCUGCAGCCUAUGAUCAUUAAACCGUCUUCUGCUGGCGGUGUGCAGACGUUGCAAGAGACUGUAGCCUGCGCUUGUGCAGUCGUUUCCCAUCUUACCCACGACUUUUUGCGCCUCGUCGCGCUGUUAAAGUCCUGCAAUGCGCGCUUACAGCAGCACAUUGCUAGACCAGUCUCAAAGCCGAUGACGCCUGUGGAAGCCAGGGCGCUCAAUAUACUGGUUUUCCUAGUUGCAUUAUUGGGUGAACAUUGCGACUUCGACCGUGUACGGAGAGAAAAUGAAGCGUUGGCGAUCGAUCUUGAUUCCAUAAGCGAGGGGUCAAUAGUUGAACAUAUAUACCUUAGCUUACUCCAACUCUAUGAGAAGCAUUCGGAUACAGGCCUUCGGGGUCGUCUACUGCAAUGUCUUGGUUUCCUUUUCCGCGCUCAGCCUACACUGAUGACGUUGGAAUCAUCGGCAGCUGUGAUGGAUGCUAUUUUCAAUGCUGCUGAAGAGGAACCCCGUGCUAGGCUGCUGAAGAUUAUUCAGGAUUUUCUCGUCUCCGAGGCUGCCAAGCACUCCACGAAAGAGAAGGAAAAUGCGAGAAUGAGAUUGAAUAAAUCAGAAGUGAACAUGGAGGAACUAAUAGGUAAUACGGAUGGAUUCGCGGACUCCGGUGUCAGUUCGGCGGUGGUUCAGCGAUAUCUGGACCCCAUUCUGCAAGCUGCCCUGUCGCAGAAUGCGCAGGUGCAAGCACCAGCCGUGGAUAUCCUGAGUUUCACUAUCAAGCAGGGUCUUGCACAUCCAUUACAGUCCUUUCCCGUUAUCGUGGCCCUGGAGACUAGUCCGAAUACUUCACUGGCCAGUCGUGCUACUGCACUACAUCAUAUCCUCCACACCAAGCAUGCCUCUCUGCUGAACGCUCGAUAUGUCAUCAGCGCUCGCGCUUCAUUUGACUAUCAGAAGAAGCUGACCCCGGGGCACGUGCAAGGCUUCCGUUUGCAUCCAUCUCCAACCGCCUUACUGCAGCGCUGGUAUUCCCUUGUACGGGAAAAACGAGCUACCAAGCUUGAUUUCCUGAAAGCCCUGACGAAGGUCUUCGACGUACCGGCAUCAUUACAAUGCACGCAGGAUGAAAUCGAGUUCACGCGCUACAUGGCUGAGAAUUUUGCUGCUUUAGAUUUCAAGACCAUCGAGGAGGUGCUCGUAGUGAUCAAGCAUCUGACUUCGGUCCUUUCCACAGCCGGCAUGCAACUAGUGGAAUCGAUAUCGCCCUCGCAUCUGCUAACCCAGCUACGAGGGAACUCACACCUCGAACCUGCGGGUACUGGAGCACCGACGGUAAACACCACUGAAGGACCUUCUAUAGCCCACUCUGUCGCCCCAAUGCCAGAAGAAAAACUCCCCCUCCUCCGCGCCUCCGUCAUGAUUGCCAUGAUUAUGCUUCUCAAGGCCUUUCUGAAAACGUUGUAUGGCUUAUCAGAGGAAAAAUGCUCUAAGUGGGUUCCUGGAAAAAAGAGUGCGUUGGGCGACAAGCCUGCGACCAAGCGGCACGAACAUCCCAUUUCUUGGGACCGUCUUCCCUUUGCUCUCCGGCCGAUUCUCACAUCGGAGGAUAUGGAGAAUCAGCGGGCUCGGUUCCUUGAUAUCUGGAUGGAGGAUGGAGUAACUGCCGAACCCGAAGACGAUUUCUCCUAG